GCCCAGGAUCGCUCCCGCUUCCAGCUGGCCGGGCUCCUCCUCCCGGUCCACCCCGAGGAAGGAAGGGCGGCGGCGGCAGCAGCAGCGCGCAGAGCCGGAGGGUUGCGCACGGGGCUCCGGCCAUGGGGAUCUCCAGGCUGGCCGAGCUGAUCCGGGAGCAGGCGCCGGACGCCGUGAGCUCCGUCCAGCUGGAAGACUACCGGGGGCGUGUGGUGGCGAUGGAUGUCUCCGUCGCUUUUUACCAGUUCCGCACGGCUAUGCCAAAGAUCUUCAACCGCCAUGGGGAAAAUAUCAGUUCCCUGCGGGGGCUCUUUUACCGGACGAUGCAUCUCCUGGAAAACGGCGUCAAGCCCGUCUUCGUGUUUGAUGGGAAACCCCCAGACCUCAAGGAGAGAGUGUUGGCGAAACGCGCCGCAGUCUCUGGAGCCAAGAGGAAAGCUGCAGAUCCUGUUGCAGACGAGCCCCCGCAACGGCUGCCGAGAAGAGACUCCGAGAGGCUGCUGGGUUACUUGGGGGUUCCCUGUGUGCAGGCGCCAGCUGAGGCAGAAGCGACAUGCGCAGCUCUGGUGAAGUCCGGGCGCGCCUGGUGCACGGCCACGGAGGACAUGGAUGCGCUGCCCUUCGGAAGCUUGCGUCUCCUGCGGCACCUGAACGCCAAGAACAGAGACCUGGAAGAGAUCUCCUUGCCGGUGGUUCUGCAAAAGCUGGGCUUAACGCAAGAGCAGUUUGUGGACCUCUGCAUCCUGCUGGGCUGCGAUUACUGCGAAAAGAUCCGGGGUCUGGGCCCCAAGAAGGCCUUGCCACUGCUGCAGCAAUACGGGAGCAUCGAGCGGGUCCUGCGCUCUGCCCACAGCGCUCAGAAGCACCCGUUGCCCGAAAACUGGCCCUUGGAGGAGACCCGGCAGCUCUUCCUGCAGCCCGAGGUGGCCGAGCCCAGCCAAGUGGUGCUAGAGUGGCAGGAGCCUGACGAGAAGGGGCUGCUACAGUUCCUGGCACAUGAGAAGCACAUGGCUGAGCGUUCGGUUCGCAGCCGACUGGAGAAGUGGCGGGCCGCCUGCCUGAAGAGAGCCCAGCCCCAGUCACCUGGCCCCAUGAGAAAGGGCAGCAAGAAACAGCAGAGGAUGGUGGAGUUCUUCCAGGUCAAGAAGCGGCCGCACAAGCAGAUACCGAAACCCGGCAGGAAGAAGAUGAAGACCCAGGAACAGCCAGGAACGGCAGUGGAGACUUGAGCAAAUAGCUCCCUUUUUUGCUGGCUUGCAAGGGCCGCAGUCAAGGAAGUCGUUGGAAGUUGUUACCUGGGUGUUCAGGCUUGCUGGCACCCUCAAGAUUUCAUUCAUUCAUUUAACAACAUUCGUAUGCCCCUAAAUUCUCAGAUCACAGUGAUCUUCAGGAAACUGGACCCCUUCUAUCCUCUCCUCUGAGCAGGUGGCUGCCUGCCCUUUGACAUUUCCCUUUCCCUGACCUUGCUGUCUUUCAUACCAGACUCCUGCCAUUGGCGUUUUCGAGUUUUCUUCAUUGCUUCUGCAUCCCCAUUGCAGCCUGCCUGGUCUGUGGUGCCCUCUCCGCUUCUUAUAAUCCCGCAGGAAGAUUCCUUGCCUCAGCCUCUUUCUCAUAUUACAGAAAUAAGCCAAUUCAAGAUGUCACUGCAGACAGAGGUGUCAUUCUGAAUUCUGGCUGCUGUCCAGUUCUGUGGUUGUUUGAGGCAUGCAGUCUGUUGGGUCAAAGGCGGAGGACGGACAAGAACAAGACCCUGGACAGCUCCAGCGGGCUCUUGUGAAAGUUUGUUGGGUCGUAUAUCUUCUGACCCACUGAAUCUGCUGCAAUAAAUUUGAUUUAUUGCCACUCCGACAAA